UUCUGUACCAUAAUUCUUCUCUCUUUAUUUUCCUCCUUCUUAAAAAGCCCCCCCUUGAUCGUGACUUCAAAGCAAGCAGCAACUUCUACUUAACAUCUCCCUUUUCAUCUUCACAGAUAUCAUAUCAGAGAGCUUCACAAGCGGAAAGAUGGCCACUUCAGAGAGAAACAUGCUGCUGAAUUAUGUCCCAGUUUUUGUCAUGCUCCCACUUGGAGUUGUAAGUGUUAGCAAUGUCUUUGAAGACCCAGCUGGCCUCAAAGAACAGCUCCUGCAGCUGCGAGCAGCAGGAGUUGAUGGGGUUAUGGUUGAUGUCUGGUGGGGGAUCACAGAACAGAAGGGGCCUAAGCAGUAUGAUUGGGGUGCCUACAGGAGCUUGUUUCAGCUGAUUCAGGAAUGUGGCUUGAAACUGCAGGCGAUCAUGUCAUUCCACCAAUGUGGGGGGAAUGUAGGGGAUGCUGUUAACAUUCCCAUUCCCCAAUGGGUACUUGACAUUGGAGAAUCAAAUCCUGAUAUCUUCUACACUGACAUCUCAGGUACCAGGAACAAGGAAUAUCUAACUGUUGGUGUAGACAACGAGCGUAUCUUCCAUGGAAGAACAGCCAUUGAGCUAUACAGUGACUACAUGAAGAGUUUCAGAGAAAACAUGUCAGAUUUCUUAAAAUCUGAACUUAUUAUAGACAUUGAAGUUGGGCUUGGUCCAGCAGGAGAGCUCAGAUAUCCCUCUUAUCCACAAAGUCAAGGGUGGGAAUAUCCUGGUAUUGGAGAAUUUCAGUGCUAUGACAACUAUUUGAAGGCAGAUUUCAAAGCGGCAGCAACAAGGGCUGGCCAUCCUGAAUGGGAACUACCAGAUGAUGCAGGCAAGUACAAUGAUGUACCACAAUCUACUGAGUUCUUUAGAUCAAAUGGCACAUACCUCACUGAGAAAGGGAAGUUCUUCUUGACUUGGUACUCUAACAAACUGCUGAACCAUGGUGAUCAAAUCCUAGAUGAAGCCAACAAAGCUUUCCUGGGCUGUAAAGUCAAAUUAGCACUCAAAGUCUCUGGAAUCCACUGGUGGUACAAAUCCGAAAGUCAUGCUGCUGAGCUUACUGCUGGAUAUUACAACCUUGGUAAUAGAGAUGGAUACCGUCCAAUUGCAAGAAUGCUGUCCCGUCAUCAUGCCAUUUUGAACUUUACAUGUCUUGAGAUGAGGGAUUCAGAACAAAGAUCUGAUGUCGAUAGUGGACCAGAGGAACUUGUUCAGCAGGUAUUGAGUGGAGGUUGGAGAGAACACAUCGAAGUUGCUGGAGAAAAUGCACUUUCAAGGUAUGAUGCCACAGCUUAUAACCAAAUCAUAUUGAAUGCAAGACCACAAGGUGUCAACAAAGAUGGCCCUCCAAAGUUUCGGAUGUAUGGAGUAACAUACCUUCGUCUAUCGGAUGAUCUACUGCAACAAUCAAAUUUUGACAUAUUCAGAAAGUUUGUGCAAAAGAUGCAUGCAGAUCAGGAUUACUGUGCAGACCCUGGAAAGUACGGUCAUAUCAUACCACCAUUGAAGCGAUCAGGGCCAAAGAUACCCGAUGAUGUUCUUCUCAAAGCAACUGAACCUAUGCCGCCGUUCCCUUGGGAUUCAGAGACAGACAUGGAAGUUGAUGGUUGACUUUCCGGUUCCAUGGGAAAAUGAUUGAAGAUAACAGCUGGAAAUAAUAUCUACCCUUCAGGUUAAGAAUAAAGCAGCUACAUCUGCAAUAUUCCCAUCAAUGUAGCAAUCUCUAGACACCAGAAAUAUCUACUAGUGUGAAAUUCUAUGUGUGAUUUCCGAUCUACAAAUUGAAUAAACUAUUUUAUUGAACUUCCUCCAA